AUGUCUGGAAACAACAAGCAGCAUAUGGGCCAAAACAAGCCUAAACCAAAGAGCCCACCUCUAACACAUUUCCUCUGCCUUCCACUCGUCAAUUCCAUUUCUCUACCCCAGCUAGAAUCAUCUUUGGCUUCAUUCAAGGCCUCAAUCCCGCCAGCUUUCCCCUCAAAAUCCGAGCAGCGCGAACAACAACAAAGCGCACUUAUCCCAGAUGCCGCCAUUCGUCCCGUUGGCACUCUCCAUCUUACGCUUGGGGUGAUGAGCCUUCCUACCCCCGAGCGCCUCGAAGAAGCAAUGCGGUUCUUCCACUCGUUGGAUCUGGCUGCCUUAUUGCGCACGGCGGGGGAGAACGCUGCGCAGAAACGACUACGUGUGUCGACGAGGAAGAGGGACUCUACUCCUAUUGAAUCGAUAGAAACAUCUGGAGAUCAACAAAAAACAGCAAAUAUGAGUACAGCGCCGACAGAUCAGUCCCUCGCAAGUGGCUCAACAGAAGAACCUUCCCAGGACGACUCUGGUAUUCCUCAACCCUUCACUAUCUCAUUAGAAUCUCUACAUGCUCUUCCGCGCGCACGCAGUGCGGCAGUCUUACAUGCUUCACCUGUGGAUCCGACAUCUCGCCUCUAUCCGUUCUGCGAGGCCUUGCGGGACAAAUUCCUAGGAGCUGGGUUCUUACAAGGGGAGUAUAAAUCCGCACCGAAGAAGACACCGAAGAACCAAGAAAGCGAAGAAACGCCCGCGGAGCCGUCCAAAGAAACAACACAACGGUUAAAUCCGCCUGUAGCAACCGCCCCAUCAAAAUCACCGACAAGCGAGAGGAAGGACAAACCAAAGCCCCGUCCACUCUUGCUACACGCCACGGUCGUCAACACGAUUUACAUUCGUGGAAGGAAACGGAAGCCAGGUGUUCAAGGGAAAAAGGCCCGCAAUGAUCGGUAUACUUUCGACGCGCGGGAUAUCCUCUCGCAUUAUAAAAAUUUCUACUCGGAUAGCGAGAGGACGAUUCCGCGCUCAGGUGAAGGAUUCAUCGCUCGCCGUGAGCCGGAUAUUCCUGAUCAUGGCAACGACGAGCCUGAUACCCAGGAAAACCCCGCCGCGAAGGAGAAUGCAGAUGCGCAGAGCGGAAAAGGAGAGCCGGCAUCCGCCCAGUUGCCGAGAAAUAAUGAUACGAAAGAAGCAGGUUAUCCCUUUGUCUGGGCAAGAAAUUUCCCGGUUGAAACCGUUUGUAUUUGCGAGAUGGGUGCGAAGAACCUUGAUCCGAAUGCAGAUGACAGCGGGAUGAACGCCAGGCUGGGAGAGAAGUAUACAGUGGUUGCAGAAAGAUCUUUAAAUUCUGGGACAAUAGAACUGAAAACCGAAAGAAACUCAAUGGCUGAGAGUAACGAUGGGAGUGUUGAGGAAGGAGGUGUCAAGGUAUCGGCAUAA